AACGAAAUCCCAGGUUCGAUACUCCAACAAAUUCUGACCGUUUAAAAACCAUCCAUAAUCACCAACACCAACGAGAGCGAGUUCAAGUCACAGAUGAACAACUUAGAUUUGAAGUAAUAAUGCUUGAGGAUGCUGGAGAAUAUAUUUGUAGUGUAGAUGGUGUUGAAGCUAAACUUAAUUUAUCUGUCCAUUCACCUACCAUUCAAAUUAAACCUGUUGAAAUAGGUUCUCAUUAUGUUGCGUUAGUAUGGAAUGAUUCUUUAAAAAUACGCGCUUUGGAAAGAGUUCAGUUAUCUCUUCAAAUUAGAGAUUCAAUUACUGGGCAAACCGGUAGAAUCACACAACUAUCUCUUUACAAUCCUUGGCAUAGCUACAAUGUUGUUAGACUUCGUCCACUUACUAACUACACAAUUUGCCUUGUCUACAGCUUACGCUCAAUUGAAUCAAAUAGUGAUGUACACAAUACCAACAUAGAUUCUUCUGCUAAAUUAUUAUACAAGAGUUGUAUUGAUGUUAAAACCUUAGAACAAAUGGGAUUUUGGUCCUCCCUUAGUCCAACAACUAUUGUUAUUUUUUGUAUUUUAAUUUUUAUUUGUUGCUUUCUUUUCUGUUUCCGUGCAAUUUAUAUGCAUUUUUAUAUAUGGCACGAUGCGAAAAUGCGCGCCCGAAUGAAUCAAAGCAUGAGCGGACAAAGUUUUCUUUCACAUUCUUCUUCCCUUCCAUUACCCACAACAACGAAUUCAAACGGGAUAAAUAAUGGUCAUAAUUCAGGCACACUAACUCACCCCAAUGAAACAUUUUUUGAUUCAAAUUCGGCAACACUAAACAAAACAUCAUUAAUUACCGAAACAGCCUCGGAAAGUUUGAACAAAAAAAGUUCAAUAAAUAAAUUGUCCAAAAUAAAAAGAAAAUCAAAACUAUCAUCAAAACAACAAACAAGAGGGAAUUCAAUGUUUUUAAUGGAAAAUUCAGGGGAAGAGAAACAUUUAAAUAAAUCAACAGAAAAUAUUGCUUUGUGUUAA